AUUGGAUGCUAUCUGGACAGAAGGAAUGAUGAAAAACUAUCAGCUUUCAGAAACAAGAGCAUGUUAUUUAAAAGGGAAUUGAAACCCGGUGAAGAAGUUACCUGGAAAUAAAGGCUGUCCGUGAAAUGGGAAAUUCUUCCAUUGUCACCUGGAAGCGAGAACAGGCGUUCGCAUGGCACUUUUGUAGCUGGCUUUGCAAGCAAGAAGGCUCAUUGUGCGCUCAGCACUGUCUGAAUAACUUACUACAAGGGGAAUAUUUUAGCCCUGUGGAGUUAUCUUCUAUUGCACAGCAGCUAGAUGAGGAAGAGAGAAUAAGAAUGGCAGAGGGAGGAGUUUCUAGUGAAGAGUACAGAACGUUUUUACAGCAGCCUUCUGGAAAUAUGGAUGACAGUGGCUACUUCUCCAUUCAAGUUAUAAGCAAUGCCUUGAAAGUUUGGGGUUUAGAACUAAUCCUCUUCAACAGCCCAGAGUAUCAGAGGCUCGGGAUCGACCCUAUAAAUGAAAGAUCAUUUAUUUGUAAUUAUAAGGAACACUGGUUUACAGUUCGAAAGUUAGGAAAACAGUGGUUUAACUUGAACUCUCUCCUGAUGGGUCCAGAACUAAUAUCAGAUACAUACCUUGCACUUUUCUUGGCUCAGUUACAACAGGAAGGUUAUUCUAUAUUUGUUGUAAAGGGUGACCUGCCAGAUUGUGAGGCCGACCAACUACUGCAAAUGAUUCAGGUACAGCAGAUGCAGCGACCAAAACUGAUUGGGGAAGAGUCUGCACAAUCAAGAGAUGAAAGGUAAGGGUGCAAAAAAACUGACCUGGAACAAGCUUUAGACAUGAACCAUCCCUUUGAUGGGACAGGCAUGUUAGAUGAAGAUGAGGAGAAUUUCCAAAGAGCCCUUGCUCUAAGUAGACAGGAAAUUGAUAUGGAAGAUGAAGAAGCUGAUCUUCGUAGAGCCAUUCAACUUAGUAUGCAAGGAGGCCAUCGAAGUGAGUUUUCAGACUGUGUAUCGCAGAAUAUACCACAUUCAUCUGGUACAAGUCAGUCUGAAUCUCUUUCUUCAGAAGAGCUGCGAAGGAGAAGACAGACAUAUUUUGAAAAACAGCAGCAACAGUCACAGCAUCAAGGCCAGACCCCAGAUAUACAUGAUAAGCCAACUACAAGUUCAAAUGCACUAGGAACAGACCCAGGAGGCGAUAUGAGUGAAGACGACAUGCUUCAAGCAGCCAUGAAUAUGUCCUUGGAAACUGUUAGGAACUGCCUGAAUACAGAAGAAAAGAAAUGACAAAAUAAUGUUUUUUCUUUUGUCAGAACACUCAAUCUCCAUUAUAAUAUUCUUGUGUGGAUGCUGUACAAGCCGGGUUCAUUUCAGAGUCAGGAUAUUGUCUUACCACAGAUGAAAAGAAGGGGGUCAGAGUUAAAAGGGGAUCUGAAAAUAACAAAAAGAUUGGACCAAUUUAGAAGUUAGGGCCCUGAUGCUGCAAAACACUUCAACACGUGCAUAACUUUGCUCAGGUGAGUAGUUUCAUUGACUUCAGGAGGAUAACUCAAGUGAGCAAAGUUAAGUGCCUUGUAGGCUCAGGGCCUGUGUGUUGGAUGCCCCAAAUAAGGGGCAAGUAUAAUUUACCUUCCUUUCUUAUUAAAUGUCAGCUGCUUGGAGAAUUCAGCACAAAAUCACUAAAUUAGUGCAGUUUCCUUAUCAGUGAACUCAGAUACCAUUCAAUAAUAAUUUUAAAAAUAAAUACAAAAAAGUUAGGCUUUUAAAUCAUUAAUAGAAAAUAUGGACAAAUUUUAAAACCAGUAAGCACAUUUUAAAAUGAAAAAAUUUAAAUCUUUUACCGUCUAGAACCUGAGUUCAUGGUUCUAUGUUUCUCCUGCAACAAUUGAUGGUGUUUCACUUCCCAGAACUUAGAACAGAGCUUUCUGUUCUGCUGUUUUGUGUGCUUGUGAUAGGAUCAUUUCUGCAAAAGAAACACAAAACCAUGAGGUCUUGGCAUUUCAAAAUAAAAAUAUUCAAUAUAUUUGUAUUUAACUUGAGUAGCAUUAUAUCUUAAUGAUUUAAGAACUUUUACCUUUUUUGAACUUGCAGUGUCUUUAGCAUUAUUUGAAAAUCAUCGUUAAAGGAAGGUUCAUGUCAAAGAUUUCUCCAGUUUUCUUACUUCAGGUCAGAUGAUUUGGCUCCCUCUUCAUACUCUUUCCACUGAAUGCUGAAGAUGGCUUUACUGGAGAUAGUAUUUCUUUCUGUGAAUGAGACAUAACAUGUUGCCAGUUAGGCUAAACAGUUUCUUCUUGUCUUUACUUCUCCUGUUUUGUCUUCUGUUUUUUCUCUUUGAGUUCCUCCCCUUACCUUGGCCUCUCUCCAUUUCUUUUUUCACAUUACUAGUAAGAACAUCUAUCUCUUCCCUGGUUAGUUAGUUCACCAAGCUGUGUUCAGAGUAGGGGAAAGGAGGGUGAGAGAUUUAGAUGCCAUAAUUUCAGUGCCACGUAUCUAAGGUGCAUUUCUGCAAUCUGAAAUGACCCCUGUGCAAGUAGCUUUGUUAAGAUUGACUGUUUGUAUGUGCGCGCAUGUUUUUUCUCAAAUGCUUUUUACAAAUAUCUUCUAUUUUGUCAGAAUUUUACAACUUUUUUCAGGAAUGGCCUUCAUUCAUGCACCUUACAAUUUGUUUAUCAUGUUGUUUCUGUUACUGAGAAAAAUAGGGAGCAAAGUAUGCAAGCUAGCUUGCAUAAUCAGUUAUAAGACUUACUCUUUGAUACUCAAGAUGAAUGUGCGACAGAGUGACCAAAUUUGGCUUUCAACUUUACUGCAACAGUUUAAACAUGUUCAUUUUUCAUAAAUGGUGCUUUAAAUAUAAAUUCUGUUUACAUAUAAAUUAUAUGGAAAUAUGUUUAUAGAUGUAUGGUGUUUAAGCUGUUUUUCACUUAGUAUGUAAGCAGUUGCCACAGACAUUCUAAGAAUAAUCUUUUGAAACUAUACAUUUGAUUUCUUUACCAAAAUAUUUUAAAAUUAUACUAUUGCAACAUAGUAAUGUAUUUAAUUGAAAUUAGUUAGAGUGAAUCAUAAUUAGAUGGAAAUAAACAUUCAGCACAGAAUAGUACUGUAUAUAAAAGGGCCGUUAGGUUUUGGUAAAGAUUUGUGUAGAAUGAUGGCUUCUUGAUGGCUUAGAAUAUUACUGUAAAAAGAUCCUUAGGCUAAAUCCUGUUUCUUUUACUUGUAUGCUUAAUUUCCACUGAUUUCAGUAGGAUCACUUGCAUGAGUAAGGCAAUGUGGAUUUGACCAGAGGACAAGUAAUGCUCUUCAGAAUUGCUUUUUAGCUCCACCAUUCUUAUUCUUUUUAGGCAAUACUGUUGUGAUUUCAGUCUGCCUAAUUGACUAACAGAUUAACUCUUUUGCCAUGCCUUCUGCACCAAAUUUUUAAAAGAAAGUCACUGCUUUUAGAAAAAAAAUAAACACACACACAACUUUGCAAUGCUGAAUGGCUGCACAAACCUAUCAGUAUAGAUUUUGGCUUCAAGAUUCACUGUUCCUUGAAAAUGAAAGUGGAAAAGGACGCAUAUAAAGCAUGAAAUAUUAUUUUUGUGUUGCUGGAAAUUCAUCAUGAUUUUUCUUUUUCUCUGCCUACAUUUUGCCUGUCAUAAACAUUCUCGUUUUUGGCAUGAUGCAAGCAACAGCUGGAUGAACUUAUUUGACUUAAUUUAAAAUGCAGGGUUUUAUCUUUAUAAAUGGAUACAGAUUUGUAAAGGCUGGUUAAAAGACUUCUUUUUUAAGAUGUAAUUAACUUCCUCUUCAGUUAUGUUAUGAUAAAUAAAUAUUUCUUUGGCUAUAUACUGUAGCAUUCUUAUAUAAAAAUCUGAACUCCUAUAUUCUAGUGAUGUGAAUUAUAAUCACUAAAGCAUGGAAGUUCAUGAUUAAAGCACCAAAUCCAUCCUCAAAUCACCUCACUGCCUAACUAUUGUAGCAUACAAGGAAUGUAAGAUCAUAUAAUGCUUAAAAGGCACAAAAGGGUGAAUCAGAUUUUAUGGAUAACCAUAUUCCUUUCAAUAAACAGUAUCAUUCUAAAAAUUAAGUGAGCUAAAUGUGCAUUUGGAUUCUGAGGAAUAAUAAUCUCACUCAGACUGGUGACCUGUUAGUGAAUCAGUUAAGAGGUAGCCCUUGAGGCUACAUACGUGAAUUGCACCGAAGGAAAAGGUGAAUAUGAACUAGCCACAAUACACAUAUUACAGUGUAGAUCCAAAGUACAGAAUAUGUGGAGCUGCCUAGAAGCCAUCAGUAAAAACUGAUCUCGUUUGCUCAGUGUGCAUUCUUUAAGUGAUAAGCACUUACUGACAUGUAUAAAUUGUGAAACCCUUUUGUAAAUAAAGUUUAAACUAAUUGAGUCUUUUGCUAGCAGUAGCCAUCUUUUGAAGCUGAAGUUUCAUCUAAAUGUUGUAGCAUUAGUGAUAGAGAACCCAUUAUGCAGGAGAAUAAAUUAUUUUUGUUCCAGUCUGACAUUUGUAAUAUCUUUAGAUCCUGUCUAUCCUUCAAAAAUUACCAUGUUUAUCAUUAUUAUGGUCCAUGUGAUGUAGUAUGGUCUUCUGUCCACAGAAGUCAGGGAAGAAAAAGUGAUACCCAUGUUGGGUAGCUACAGAAUUAAAACACAGUUCUGCAACAUGAUUGUAACUUUUUUUCUGUCCUCCCAGGUAAGGAAAUGAUCGUGCUAUAACAGUUUCACGCCAGGCCACAAUCAUGUUUAAUUAUGGUUAAUUUUAGGCACUAUAAUAUAAACUCUGCACUAUAAUGUUCUAACAACCUAAAAUUCUUCUGACAUUAAACCAGUAGUAGAAGCAAACUGGUUUCCAAUCUCCUAUGUUUGGGCUUCAUAUGGUAUCAAAACAUCCUCUUUUAGCAUGAUAGAAGUAGUGGUUAAAUGCAAAUUACGGUUAAACUUCAUUUUCAAAUACACUUCACAGGUUUUAUGUUGCAAAUAAAUACUUAUAUGAACCUCUUGGUUGCUGUACUUCUUAAAAUAUGUAUUAGUAAUAGUACUUAUUUGGUUAUUAUGAAUCCAUAAUAUUCUGUGUAUAUGGGGUGGACAGAAAGUUAUGUAAAGUACUUGCUACAGAUGCAUAGUAAAUGCAAUUCCACCUCCAAAUCUCAGCCAAAUAUUUGUGUCAUUCACAAAAUGUUCUAUUUUAUUUAGGAAACUGCUAAUCAUGUUUUUAAAAGUGAGUGAAUAAAAAAGCAUUAAGAUGAUCAUAAACUGACUAGGAGGAGACAGUAUCCAGAAUUUAGUAUAUUUUGUAGUGUUUCAACUGCAUGUUAAAAUAUACCAAUUUUAAUCUUUUUUCUGAAUUUAUGUGGGCUCAUCUCCAAAAUUUGUAUUUGCAAAGGAAUCUUAUUGUACAGUUCCUAUUAGCAGUACAUCUCCUUGGGUUUUUGGUUCUAAGGUAUUUAAAAUCAGAAUCCAUGAUAAGAGGAAAAAAUGUGAAAUUUGAUUUGUCAAAUAUAAGAUUAAUCAGAUGGCUUUGGUGGCUCAUACAAAAUAAGUUGUGGAUUAAUUCCACUGAAUUUUCAUAAUUGCUAAUGAACAACCUUUUAAAACAAAUUCAGUCUGAAAAAAAAGACGACACUUAUUUCCUUAGCCAAGUAAAGACAAAAUUAGUAACACUUUAAAAUUGGUCCACUAUAAUUACUCACUUUCUGUACUUUCAAAAUUGAAAGGUUUCUUACAUUCCUGUUCAUUCUUUACUUACAAAAUUUGCUAAAAAAGCUGUGCUUUUGCAUCUUGUACUGAAGAAAUUAAGUAGCUUCAUAUUGCAUAAAAAUGAUAGAUUUCUAGCAUAAAUACAUGGUUCUUUGCUUUAUUCCAAAUUUAUGGUUUAAGGGGACACUAUCAAGAUUUAUUAACACAACAUUUGACCUGCUGUUCUCUCUUCCCCCCGCCAACCCCAGUCUCUCCAAAUGUGUGUAAAGCACAUGUAAUUUUUAGUCUGGUUUUACCAACUCAAAAUGUUAACUUCUUUCUUUAAAUCCACACAACGACCAAUGUGUAUGGUCAGAGGAGGAAAACCUUAGUAAGGGGGGAAAAGGACCAGUUGAGAAGACAAUGCAAAGACAAUCUGAAUGUUGUCAUUGGGGGAAACCUUGGCAGUGUCUUUUAAGGUUACCAUAGUUUAUAGUAAUUGCAAACAGGCCAAAAUCUGCCUUCUACAACACCUGUGCAACCCCACUGACUUCAGCAGGUUGCAUAAGUACAAAGGAGAGUAUAAUUUAGGGCCUCUGUUUCAGGAAAUUCCUCACCAAAAUAAAGCCUUAUUUCUCCUAUUAUCUCUUACAUAGCACAAAGUUGUGUGUUUCUAUUAAACAUUUUCAGUUACAGUGUCUUAAUUUACAAGAGAAGUAAUACAAUUACAAACUUUGAAACGUAUUUGGUCAUAGUGUUGAAUGCAUUACAGCAGGGCUACUUGGUGAAACUUUGAGAGAGAUUUCCAAAUGAGCACUGGUGGACGAUAAUAUAGUGUUGGUAUGGAUGUGCAACUGUAAGUUAUUAAAUAUUGAUCUCUAAAAGUUAUUAAAAUAAAGAUGACUAUGCUUUUUAA